CUUGCCUAGAUGGAAAAAAACACAUGAAAAAACAUUACUUCUGUUUCCUCUGCAUGCAGGGUACAUGCUUGUCAGGACAUGUGCCUUGUGACAGGUUGAGAGAGUAGUUUUGGGGAAGGGAAACUUUCUGACAACUCAUCCCUGAAUGACAGACAGACAAUAGCACUCCCAAUGGGCUUGAUCCUCACCGGGAGGAGGCAGCACCUGACUUCAGUCACGAUAUGCUAAUUUAGAACAGAAAAAAAAUCUAGCUAAAAGAGCAGUGGAAAGAGCAGUGCUGGACUGCCCCCCAAAAGGAUGCAAAGCCUGUCACUCCAAAUAAGCACAGGAGGUGGUCCCUGCUGCAGACAACUGACAUUAGCAGCUCCGUGCGUCACAAGCCAAUGUCACAAGAGGACCAAGCAAAGCGGGUGUGCAGUCCUCUUCCAGGAGGGAAGCCUGGAUGGCCCGGAGGUCCUCUCUAAGUGUGUUCCCUGGUCUGCAGGUUUCAGUGUGUGCAAAAAAGGAUCUUCCCUGAGCAGUUCUCCAUUUUCUCCCUCUUAGGCUUCAUGCAGCAUCCCAUGGCUUUAAAGCCGGAAGACAAAGGUGGAGAGAAAUGGAAAGUGCGUAUUUUCUCUCCCAUUUGUGCUGUCCACCUGUCCCCCGUCCCUUCCUAUUUAUUGCUUCUGUACAGAAAGAAGAUUUCAGCUAAUGCGGGAGGGAGCCAGCCCUGUAAACACCCCACCUGAGGCUGAACAGAAAGAUGAGAGCUCUUACUGACAAAAGGCUGAGUGAAGACAAGCACUGUCCACCCGUCAUUUAGCUAUUGUUGGAAACAUCACAUAUCAAGACAUCAACAGCUGAAGCUAUGAAAGAUAUAAACACAUCCACUUUCAAAGGCCCUUACUCAAAACUGAACUGGGAUGCAGUAAAUCAUCCCCCACAUUCACACACACACACAAAAAAAAAAAAGAAAAGAAAAAGAAAAAUUAAAAAGAAAAGAAAGAAAGGAAGGAAGGGGAAAUUCAGAUUAGUCACAAAGAAGUUCCCCCGCCUGCUUCUCUGUGUGCAUAAAGCAGUCUCCUGAAGGCACUGUCUUCACUUCAUCUCUGCUCCUGGAACAGGAGCAUCCAGUUCAUCUGCCCCCUGCUCCUCCAGGCUCCUGCUGUGCUCCUGGCCCCUUCUCCAGCAGCUGUUGGCAGGUGGCUGAGAUGGAAGAACAGUCAGAUGUAGAGCCAAGAAAUCAAGACCACAUGGGUCACAAAAGGGAACCUGCAGAGGAUGAGUGGAAGAGCUGGCAAAGAGGACAGGUUAGGAACACGCUGCACCUCGUGUCUGCAGCUGCUCAGUGGAUAUUACUGCUUGCCUGCUUGAUUUACCUUGGUAUAGAUUCUCUGCAAACUUCAACGCCUCAGAGUGACAUAGUGCAGUGGACCCACAUCCGAUACACAGGUAAAAGCGUGAAAGGAGUAGCCAUGAACCUCACUGCUGAACUAGGCUCUAUUCAGAUCAGAAAUGGUUCCAUCAUGAUCACCUGUGAUGGCCUCUACCUCGUGUCCUUGAAGGGCUGUAUCUUUUUCUCUGACCUGGAAGAGGAGGACUUGCUGAAGCUGACACUGCAGAAGACGGGUAAGGCGACCAGCUUGGCCCUUUGGGAGCAACCUUUCCAGGACAGAGACACUCCAGUAAACCUCACCACAGUGCUCUACUUAUUUCAUGAAGAUAACAUCACCCUGUUGACCAACUCUGACGCCACCAUCAAGGAUUUGUCGUUUAGCCUUUUGUUAUUAACUCCCUUCACUUGCUCGCUGUAGAAGAUGACGUAUUAGAUGUAACGUGUAAAGUACAGCCUUUCCUACCCAUCCAUUUGCCUGCGGGCAUUUGCCUCAGCUGGAGUGCAGAGAAACUACAGUGCAAACGGGCUUUACGUAGUGCAUGCCAUGUUCAUCUCUUUGGAGCGCCGUGCAGCUGUUCUGCUACCUAGGAUUGAUCUUUCUACCACUGGAGAAAGGGAAGUGUGGAGCCCUUGAGGAGAACAGAAAUGAAAGCCAAAGACAGUCACCUAAGCUUAGCUCAUAUGCAGAGGCCCUCUGGGUUUCUCUGUUUACUUGACAGUAUCUGUAUAUAGUACAAAUACACUGUAUAUUUGCUAAAAUAGAAGUCUGGUAAAUCAGGAAGAUGCCUCAAGUGUCUUGAAGCCAUUUGGAGAAGGAGGAGAACAGAUCUGCUCAACAGCCCUUUGCCUGGCGAGGCAGGAGACAGGGAAGAAGUGGCAGGGGAUGCCUUUGCAGUGGUCCAGGUAAAUGCUUUCUGACAGGUAAAGGCCACGAGAGGAAGGCGGUCUUUUGAAAGAAGCUGACGGGACUGCACUAGACAGCAGACACACAGGCCCUGCAGUGACUGUGAGGUUUUUAGGAGCAGCUUUUAAGAGCGGAGGUGCACUGGCUCUUCCAGCUAUCUGCAGACUGCUGAAGCCUGAGCCAAGGGAGUAUCUUCUGGGACAUUUACAUACUGAUACCGGCUCUUGGAGGUGUUAAGUUGAAGGAGAACCUCCUUCAAGCACACACACACAGACUGGCUUGACCCAAAAGUGAUCCAGGCACAUAAAAGUUUGGAAAACCAUGAACACUCCGGAUUUGGUGGGUUCCCUCUAAUGGACCAAGUGAAACCUGCAGGUCUGUGCAUCCUUUCCUCUGGGAGGACUCAGACGGUUCCCCUGAGCCUCACAGUAGACCUUGUCAUACAGGUAUGCACCACCAGAGAUUCACAGGCACCACCUCCACGACGCGCCUGUGUACCCAUGCGCACCCUGCCUGGCUCCUGCUGAAGUCAGGCUGCUCUCAGCAAUCCUGGUCCCUCUUCUCAUUACAGCACGUGGCUGCUGUGGACAAGUCCAGCCCUGCCCACACUUGCAGGCAGCACGUGAACUGUAUUUUUGGUUCAAGUGGGGCAGAUUUCAAGAACAAAUUGACUACCUGGCUGUACACUGCAAAGUCUUUUGUUAAAAUUAUUUAUGUAUUUAUACUAUAGGCAUAAGAAUGUUACUUCAUAUUUCUUAGAGACACUGGGAAGGGUUCAGACUUCGUGCUGUGGGCACUAAGCUCCUCUUUGCAGAUGCUCCCAGUGCUCCAGGGUGUUCCUGCUACACAGGCACCAGCCACACUGCUGCCCACCUCAGCUGCUGGCCUGACCUGCUCCUGGCUGAGCACUCCAGUGGGCUCAGGUGCCAAAGGCAGUUAAGGAAAUCUUCCAGGCCUUGGUGAGCUUUUCCAUACGCUUUACAAUAUUGUUGGUGGAUUUUAUCAACUUCCCAACCUGGGGCAGGGCCACAGGCUCAGGGGAAAACUCAGUAGCUGAAGCAGUUAUUCUUGCAGUGCCCAGAAGCACCUUUUUCUCAUCUCAGGACUGAGAAGCUGUGGGCUGACUUGCAUCCACAGGAUGCUCCUCCCCAGCUGCAAGGGGCAUUUUGUGCUUUCACCUCUGGCUGCUCUGCGUGCCAUCAGGACAGAAGGCAGCUGCACCCUGCCCCCAAGCUGGGGAUUGUCAUCCUCCCCUGCUGAAGUGACAAUUAGCUUCCUAAAAGCUAAUAAAACUUCCCUUUGUAACUGCUGGGCAUGUAGUGUCCCUUGGGGAUGGGGGGGUGAUUUAUACAUUCACUGUGUUUCAGCAGACAUUUUCACUGGUAUGAAAACUAUAUGAAAUUUUUACAUACUUUCUUUUUUUUACAGCUCAGCUUGAGUUUCAGUUCUCCCCAAGGGUGUGCAGGGCUGGGGCUUCCUGAUGUGCAGGGCUGGCCGUGUCAGUGGUGUGGACAGGUGCACAGGACAGCAAGAAAGAUUAAGCUUAAGCAACAGGAAUGGAUUUGUACCUUGGAAGGGUGCACCCUUUCUUCUUGUUUAGAGCAGGAGAGGGCAUUUCACACACUGAUUCCCCUGCACUUUUCAGGCUGAACUAGACUGACCUACAU